AUGAACCACGUCCUACAAGACCUUCAAGGCGAAGUCAGCGGCCUUGGACACGCCGAAGUCCAACGAGGCAAGGAUCUGCUGACGUCGCUCAGCGAGAUUGAGGCCAUGAUCGCACCCAUCCGGCAAGUCUUCCUCAAAUUCCGGGAUCUCGACGCUGCGAUCAAGAAAGUUAAGGCGGCGAUUGUGACAGCUGUGACUUCCAUGCUGCGACACCUCCUUGCCAUGACAGGAGACAAACUCCCCAUCUGGUCGGACCUUCUCCACCAACUUCGAGAUGUCCUCGAUGGAAUGCCACUCGCCGUUCGUCUUGACGCGUUUGCGCACAACCGGCUUCGCAGGUCAACAAACGUCGAAGCGAUGGCAAUCGCCUUCGACCGAGGCAACGGCCACGAGCUCGACGCCGUACCCACAGUCAAUCAGCUGCGUUCGACCUCUAGCGUCAAGGCCAACGGUCCGUCAAACCAGUGCAGUUCGACACUGGAAUUCGACGGUCACAACGAGUACUGUCUGAUGUCCAUCACCAACGACGACGACCAGAUCAAGUGCCCUGACUUGGCUGGCUUGAAGCGCGAGUGGACGUACUGGGUGCUGGUCACCAGGAUCAACCACCACUCGACGUGUGUGGCCUAA